CAGCAAUGAGCUCUCCGAUGCCUCCGAGCACUGGCACCAAUCCAUCGAAGAACGAUGUGCCUCCCGCUGAGGUUGAUCUGAACGCUUAUCCAACAGCUCAGAAACUGGUAUCGCGUUGUCGCGACUUCUUCUCCAAAGUCGAAGAUCUGUAUGUCUCCCCUCGCACCAAUCUACUCGAAGCAUAUCUCAAUGCAAACUAUGGCCCUGGUAACCCAGUAUACGAAGACCUGUGUAAUUUGACCCGUCAAGGCCUGAAGGAAGGCUGGGUCGCCAACUUCGAGCUCGAUGGAGCAAAGUACCGCCGCUCCAAAGUCCUCCUCCCAAGUGCUGAAAACAGAUUCUUCUCCAUCACAACUGUGUACAUGGAAAGUGAAGAAGAGAACUAUGUUGCUAAUGCGAUUGCGGACAUUAGUNACUCGGGUCAAUAUCACUCUCAUCCUUAUGGAGAAAUCAACUGUGUUGUGCAAGUCGACAAGACUGCUGAGUUGAAGGGUAUGCAAGGCUGGCAAGGUGCGGGUUGGACAUCGCCGGGUCCUGGAACGCAUCAUUAUCCAGAAGUGCGUGGAGGAGCUUUGGUCGCGUUGUUCUUCUUGCCUGCAGGACGGAUCAGCUAUAGGGCCAAGCCAGGUGACCCGCAGCCUGCCAGUGUA